GUCUGUUUUCAGUAGUCUGAGAGGAAGAAAAAUGGCGGCUGCGACCGAUCAGAAGCGGGACGCCAGCCAUUCGUUUUGAGCUUUCUCACGUAAACCGAGACCGUGGCUUUACGGGACUACUUCUUUGGAAUCUACGCAAAUCAAGCUUUCUGGCGGUACCUGUUUUUCUGGGUUCUGUGAAGGCUAAAUAAACGCAGAAAUUGAAAUUGAAAAUAAUAGCUUUUAUAUAUAAUGAGGGGGAAAAGAGGCAGGCCGCCCAAAACCCUGCGGAUGCAGGAGCCUUCAUCCGAGCCGGAGCGUGGCUUGAGACCCAGGAGGGAGUUGAGGGCAAAGGGGAGAGGUAGUGCCGAGGUCGAUUUUGAGAGUCCCAAGAGGGGAAAUAACUCUUCAUCGAGGGGCAGGAGGAAAGUGGGAUCAUCUCGCGGUAGGGGAAGAGGCAGAGGUGGUGGUGGCAGAGGUACUAGGGGCAGACGGUCAAUCGCUAGAUCUGUGGUUUAUGAUGAUCAUGAAAGUGAUGAAGAUGAUGAUGCUGUGAGUUUGAGAUCUGAGGAGGACGAGUUGAUAGAGGAAGAGACGAUAACAGACGAGGAAGAAGAGGCCCUCAACGAGGAGUCAGACCCGCUUGAGGAAAUACUCGAGGAGGAUGAUGAUGAUGCCAGCUACUGUACUGAAAGCAGCUUUCGGAGUCAGAGCACUCAUGGCAGCACUCCGGGGCGGAAGAGGACGCGGGUGCACUGCCCUCGCUCGCCCAUCUUUGAGGAAAAGGAGAUCCCUCCUCUGGAGCUGCCCAGAACCUCUGAGGACCUCAUGGUGCCCAGCGAGGAACUGCUCAACGUGUCCUCCAUCUACGAGGUCCUGCGCAACUUCAGCACGGUGCUGCGGCUCUCUCCCUUCCGCUUUGAGGACUUCUGUGCUGCGCUGGUAGGUCAGGAGCAGUGCACGCUGAUGGCAGAGACCCACACAGCUCUGCUGAAGGCCAUCCUGCGUGAGGAGGACACCUCCAACACCACGUUCGGUCCUGCUGACCUCAAGGACAGCGUCAACUCCACCCUCUACUUCAUUGAUGGUAUGACGUGGCCCGAGGUGGUCCGUGCCUACUGCGAGAGCGACCAGGAGUACCACCAUGUCCUGCCCUACCAGGAGGUGGAGGACUACCCCUACGGCCCUCUGGACAGUAAGAUCAAGGUGCUGCAGUUCUUGGUGGAUCAGUUCCUCACCACCAACAUCGCCCGCGAGGAGUUGAUGUCAGAGGGGGUGGUGCAGUAUGAUGACCACUGCAGGGUGUGCCACAGAUUGGGGGACCUGUUGUGCUGUGAGACCUGCUCUGCCGUCUACCACCUGGAGUGUGUGAAGCCGCCGCUGGUAGAGGUGCCGGAGGACGAAUGGCAGUGUGAGAUCUGCGUGGCACACAAGGUGCCCGGGGUCACAGACUGUGUGACAGAGAUGCAGAAGAGCAAACCCUACAUCCGCCAGGAGCCCAUCGGCUACGACCGCCACCGGAGGCAAUACUGGUUCCUAAACCGGAGGAUAAUUGUUGAGGAGGACGGGGAGCAUGAGAAGAAGAAGAUCUGGUACUACAGCACAAAGGUCCAGCUGGGAGAGCUCAUAGAGUGUCUAGACAAGGAGUACUGGGAAAACGACCUGUGUGCCGUCCUCGAGGAGAUGAGCGAGGAGGUGCACACUCACAUGGACAUCACUGAGGACCUCACCAACAAGGCCCGCGGCAACAACAAGGCCUUCCUCACGGCAGCCAACGAUGAGAUCCUGGAACGUGUGCAGGGCAGGCAGGAACGGCGAGCAGUGGAGCAGGCAGAGAAGACCCCUACAGACACCACCAAGAUAGAGGAAGAGACACCCACACACUGCUCUCCACUACCAGACCACAGAGAGCUCCAAGACCCCGAGUCUAAAGAGGAGGCAAGCUCACAAGCAGCUGCAGCUCCCCCUGCUGGAGAAGAGAACACCACCGUCCACACCCCGAAGCCUGGCUCAUCCACCCAGGAUGGCACUCUCCCUAAACAUGAACCCCAUAAGCCUGCUGAGGUGUCCUGCUCGGCCGCCUCUGAGAGCAGGGAGAGUGGGGAGGCCUCCGUGGAGCCUGAGCAGGAGAGGCCAGAUGAUAAGCCUGUAGACUCAGAGUCCCAUGGAGAGGAGGACCCCUCUGCCCAGUGCCAGCCUACUCCCCCACCACCACACCCUGGAGACGAGAACAGCAACAGCAGCCACGUCUCAGCGCCUGGGGUCCUCAGGAGGCCUGAAGAGCCAAACCUCGCUGACAGGUCCUCUCAGUCCUCCAUCACCAGCCAGGACGACACAGGUGAAGGCAAGGAGAGUGGGAAUGGUGAGGGGUCAGCGUCUGGACGGACUAACAAUCGCAUAGUGACUCGUCUGCGUAACCCGGACAGCAAGCUGAGCCAGCAGAAGACCCAGGGAGAUGGCAGCCCUACACCCAGGGACAGCAAGGAGACAUCUCCUCCCAGCUCUGAGAGUGAAGUGGCUCGUCUGGGUACUGUGAGGAAAGACUUGACGGUGAAGGGCAACCUGAACAACCUCUUCAAGCUGGGCCAGGAGGGCAAGUUCCGAGUCUACCACAACCAGUUCAGCACCAACACACUGGGCCUCAACAAGCACCAGCAUCGUGAGGACCACGACAAGCGUCGCCACCUGUCCCAUAAGUUCAGCCUAACCCCCGCCGGGGAGUUCAAGUGGAACGGCUCCAUCCACGGCUCCAAGGUGUUGACCAUCUCCACCCUGCGGCUCACCAUCAUCCAGCUGGAGACCAAUGUCCCCGCCCCCUUCCUGCACCCAAACUGGGCCUCGCACAGGACAAACUGGAUUAAAGCGGUGCAGAUGUGCAGUAAGGCUCGGGAGUUUGCCUUGGCGCUGGCCAUCAUGGAGUGUGCCAUCAAACCAGUGGUCAUGCUGCCUGUCUGGAAAGAUGCGCUUGGACACACCAGGCUCCAUCGCAUGACCUCCAUGGAGCGGGAGGAGAAAGAAAAGGGGAAAAAGAGAGAGAAAAAACUGGAGGAUGAGGAGACUAUGCAGCAGGCCACCUGGGUGAAGUACACCAUCCCCAUCAAACACCAGGUGUGGAAGCAGAAGGGGGAGGAGUACAGAGUAACUGGGUAUGGGGGCUGGAGCUGGGUCAGUAAGACUCACGUCCAUCGCUUUGUUCCCAGGCUACCAGGGAACACCAACGUCAACUACCGCAAAGCACUCGAAGCAGCUAAAACUGGCAAAGAAAAUGCGACAUCCGGCCCGAACAAACGAAAAUGUUUGCCCAAAGCACCAACAAGCUCAGAAACCCAGGCAAAAGAAGAGUCUACUCCAAUUACUGAAGAAAAAGACAAGGAGGAAACCUCCACCAUGGAGUCAUCUGAGAGCACUUCACCAGGAGAGGGGCAAACUCUGAAAGAGAAGGAAGAGAAAAAUAUCACAGAGAAGGUGGAGGAGAAGAAAGAUGAUCAGGUGGAGGAGAAGACUGAGGGCAAGAUGGAUGUUGACCCCAGUCCACCAGACACCUGUCUCAGUGAGGAAAAAGGUAUAGUGGACAGCAAAUGCCCCUCGUCACUGACGGACCCUGCUGUGAAGGAGGAGCCCGGGGAGGAAGAAGAACCAAGGCAGGAGGACUCUGAGGCCAAGCCACCUGUCCGCCCCUUCAACUGGGAUGUGGUGAACGUCAGCGAGGGCUUCCAGCUCCGUACGGCCUACAAGAAGAAGGUGAAGACGUCCAAGCUCGACGGGCUGCUGGAGCGCAGAGUGAAACAGUUCACCCUGGAGGAGAAGCAGAGGCUAGAGCGCCUCAAACAGCAGUCAGCCCUGGCCAAACACACAGUCUCCAAGGAGAAAGUUAAUACAGGGACUCCCACCACCAUCAAGGCUUCUACAGCAGACAAGUUAGCAGUGACACCGUGCACUAGUCUGAAAGCUGAGGGACAAGCAGACUCAGUAGUUAAAGACACAAUUGUUAAAAGGCUUGACUUUGACCAGGAGCAGCCAGUGAAAUCCCAGCCCUCAGGAGAGACAGAUAUUCUGGACGUUAGAUUAGGCUCCACCUGUAAACCCCAGGCAGCAGGAGCCACAGGCCCCAACCUCAACACCACAGGGUUGGCCAACCAUGAGAGCAGCGUUCAGGGCCAUGGUGGGGCGUUAUCUCAAACGGAGCUGAAUGGAGGCUCCCAGAAAAGCAUAGACCUCAAUAACAAAGUCAAUUUGACAUCUCUAGAACCGGCUUUAGGUGUGGCCAAACCUCCCAGAGCAGAAGUGACGAUAGCAGGAGAAAACGGUAGGAAGCAUGGUUAUGAGGAGACAGAGCAAGGUAAUGGACAGAGGGAGAUAGAAAGCAUGGACGUAGACCAAAGCAAACCACAUUUAGUGCAGGUGAACGGGAAAGACGCUGUUGACACCAAGGCUCCUGUAGACUCAAAGAUGCACUUAGACCUGGCCAACAAAGUGGACACCAAGGUCAUGCUCCAGACGUUAGAGGGUGAGAUCAAAACACUGCCAGUGAAGGAGCCUGUAAAAUCCAUUAUGAACGGUACUCUCUCUCAGGACGGGUUAAAGGUCAACAACACUGUGUUAGCCACCAGCCCAGCCUUGGCGGACGUAGAGAGAAAGGUUGUGGUGUCCGAGCCUGACUAUCUGCCACCUCAGAAGGUUGCCAGACUGGAGAAUAAUAGCGACAGGGUGGCAGACUGCGUCACGUCAUCACUGUUAGGGCCGCCCACUGGUGUUCCCACGGUAAGCAACAGCACCAAGUCUGAGCCAAUGGAGAUUGGGCAGACGGCAUCCAAUAAGAUCACCCCGUUUCCUAUCCCCACUGCAGAGGAGUCCAGCUUGAGUAACAACACCACAGAGAACAGCAGUAGCAGUACUGAGGUGCUGAAGACCAUCACCCAAGUCACCACAACCACUACUACCACCAUGUCAACAGAGUCUCGCACAGUGCAGAUAACCGAGGUCUCCAGCAGCACUAAGCCUGCAGUGACGCCUGCUGCAGAGACCAGUGCUGUAUCUACCCUCACCACCAUGACCAAGACCACCGUCACCAGGGUCAGCUCCCCGGCCCUCGGGGCCGCCGUCUCCGAGGAGACCAAGACUGUUGUCACUGCAACGUUGACAGAUGUCAAAUCUGUCCCCUCAGGCUCUUCAGUCACCUCCAUGACAGUCAGUAAGGAGUACUCCACCAGAGACCGUGUCCGGCUGCUAAAGUUCUCCCGCUCCAAGAAGACCCGCUCUGGUACCGCCCUCCCCUCCUACCGCAAGUUUGUCACAAAGAGUAGCAAGAAGAGCAUCUUUGUACUGCCUAAUGAUGACCUGAAGAAGCUGGCGAGGAGAGGGGGCAUCAGAGAGGUACCCAUCUUCAACUACAACGCCAAGCCAGCCCUGGACAUCUGGCCCUAUCCCUCCCCCAGACCCACCUUUGGAAUCACGUGGAGAUACCGUCUCCAGACUGUGAAGUCUCUGGCAGGGGUCAGUCUGAUGCUGCGGCUGCUCUGGGCCUGCCUGAGGUGGGAUGACAUGGCUGUCAAGCCCUCCCCUGCUGUAGGAACCACCCGCACAGAAUCCUCGGAGACAGCGAUCACCACAACAGAGAUCAUCAAGCGGCGAGAUGUGGGGCCGCACGGCAUCCGGUCUGAAUACUGCAUCAGGAAGAUCAUCUGCCCCAUUGGCGUUACCGAAGCUCCCAAAGAAACUCCCACUCCCCAGAGGAAAGGUCUGCGCUCCAGCGCUCUGAGGCCAAAGAAGCCUGAGCCGGCCAAGCAGACUGGGCCCAUCGUCUUAGAGACGUGGGUGGCCGAGGAGGAGCUGGAGAUCUGGGAGAUCAGAGCCUUUUCAGAAAGGGUAGAGAGGGAGAAGGCCCAGGCUGCAGACCAGGCUAAGGUUAGUAGAACGCUGAAGACAGCAGAGGAGGCCAAGGCCCAAUUGGAGGCUCAGCUGAAGCACCAGAGAUUGGCUGCUCAGCAGAAACGGUUGGAGCAACAGAAGCCUGGUGCCACCACCCCCACCCCCACCAGCACCCCUACAACCUCAGUCUCUGGCACUCCGGCAUCCCUGACCAGCCAGGUCACCCCGGGGACUAAACUGGUCCUGGCCACCAAGCUGGGGACACCUGUCACAUUCCAGCAGAACAAGAACUUCCAUCAGUCGUUUGCUUCCUGGGUCAAGCAGGGCCAGGGUAGUCCAGCCUCUACCUGCUCACGGGCCACCGUGGCCAACAGCAUGGUCACCACCUCUGGACAAACGUUCCAGAUCUCUGCCAGCCCGGUGACCAUGGCUGGCCAGGUCAUCACCGCCAAGCUACCCAUUCCAGCCAACAGCAAGAUUGUUACGGUCAACAUGCCAACCACACAAGGAGGUAUGGUGCAAGUCCAGCAGAAUGUCCUGGGCAUUAUUCCAUCCAGUACCCCAGGCAACCAGCGGACCUACUCCUCAUUCCAGAACCGCAACGCCACCAUCAACAUCAGACCCAACACCUCCACCUCAACCACCACUCAGCCGGUCAUUGCCACCGGAGCCCAGAUCCGUCCAGGCAUGACGGUGAUCCGAUCGCCCCUGCAGCAGGGCACCACCAUGGGCAAAACCAUCAUCAGAACCCCCUUGAUGAUGCAACAAGGUAUUCUACCAGCCAGCCAGCAGCAGGUGGUGACUCAGAUCAUCCGGGGCCAACCUGUCUCCACAGCAGUUUCCAGUGCCAGCCCUGUACAGACCAGUGCAGGCCAGAGGAUGCUGGGUGCCGCCCCGUCCCCCUGUCCUGUCACCCCUGCCCCCGGGCAGUCCCCAUCACCAUCCACCCCCCAAGGCGGCCGACCACAGCAGGGCCAGGUCAAACUCACCCUGGCCCAGCUCACCCAGCUAACGCAGGGGGCACAGGGAGGGAACCAGGGUCUCACAGUAGUAAUCCAGGGACAGGGCCAGACCACAGGCCAGCUGCAGGUCAUCCCCCAGGGGGUGACAGUCAUCCCAGGCCCUGGGCAGCAGCUCAUGCAGGCUGCCAUGCCCAACGGCCAGGUGCAGCGCUUCCUCUUCACCCCAGGGGCAACAGCCCCUGUCCCCAACCCCGCCACCACACCCAGUGCUGCUGUCACCCCCGUCACAGCCACCACAACACCCUCAGGGCCAGCACUGUCUCAGCCUCCGGUUCAGACUCCCGCCACCUCUCAAGCACCGGCAACACCAGUCCAGCCUCCUCAACAGGCUAUUGCUCGUGUCCAGCCUCCUCAACAGGCUAUCGCUCGUGUCCAGCCUCCUCAACAGGCUAUCGCCCGUGUCCAGCCUCCUCAACAGGCUAUCGCCCGUGUCCAGCCUCCUCAACAGGCUAUCGCUCGUGUCCAGCCUCCUCAACAGGCUAUCGCUCGUGUCCAGCCUCCUCAACAGGCUAUCGCUCGUGUCCAGCCUCCUCAACAGGCUAUCGCUCGUGUCCAGCCUCCUCAACAGGCUAUCGCUCGUGUCCAGCCCCCUCAACAGGCUAUCGCUCCAGUCCAGCCCCCUCAACAGGCUAUCGCUCGUGUCCAGCCCCCUCAACAGGCUAUCACUCGUGUCCAGCCCCCUCAACAGGCUAUCACUCCUGUCCAGCCCCCUGCCCUCGCUCCUGCCCCCCCUCCAGUGUCCACACAUCAGACUCAACCCCCUCAGACUCAAGUCCACAUCCCCCUCCAGUCCCCCACUGCCUUACCCAUCCAGCAGAUAACCCAGAUCCCAACCUCACCACAACCGGUCCAUAUGAAGACUCUCUCGGUCUCCCCUUCCGUCACCCAGGCCACAGUGAGGCCCAUUCAGGCCCAUGCUCAACUCCAGCCCCAGGUUCCGGCUCAGAUCAGGCCCCAGCAGCAGCUGCAGCUCCACCACCAACCCCAACUGAUCACAGUGCCGGGGCUGCAGCAGCAGGUCCAGGUGCUGGGCACCAUCCAGACCCACGUGGCAGCCCAGCUCCAGGCCCAGCAGGGUGGGGCGGUGCCCCAGCAGAUCAAGCUGCAGCUGCCUAUCCAGAUCCAGCAGGCAGGGGGCCAGGGGCAGGCCCACCAGAUCCAGAACGUGGUGACCAUCCAGACGGCCAGCGUGCAGGACCACCUGCAGAGGAUCCAGCAGCUCAGAGAGCAGCAGCAGAAGAAGAAGCAGCAGGAGGCCAAAAGGGAGCAGAGCCUGCAGGCCUCCAGCCCCAGCGACAUCAUCCAGAAACAGGUGGUGAUGAAGCAGAAUGCUGUGAUAGAAAAUCUGAAACAGAGGAAGACCAUGACUCCAGCAGAGCGGGAGGAGAACCAGAGAAUAAUCGUCUGCAACCAGGUGAUGAAGUUCAUCCUGGACAAGAUCGACAAGGACGAGAAGCAGGCGGCUAAGAAGAGGAAGAAGGAGGAGUCUGUGGAGCAGAAACGCAGCAAGCAGAAUGCCACCAAGCUCUCGGCGCUGCUCUUCAAACACAAAGAGCAGCUCAAGGCUGAGAUCCUGAAGAAGAGGGCUCUACUGGACAAGGAGCUGCAGCUGGAGGUUCAGGAGGAGCUGAGGAGGGACAUCAGCAGGCUGAGGAAGGAGAAGGAGAAGGCCCAAGCUGCAGCCUCUCAGGCAGCCGCUGCCGCAGCCCAGGUAGCCUCAUCCCUCUCCCCCACCAUGGCCUCGCCCUCCUCCGCCCACAAACGCAAGAGGGACGACGAGAGGGACUCGUCCUCCGCCAAGCCCAAGAAGAAGAAGAUGAUAUCCACUACCUCAAAGGAUCACAAGAAGGAAGUCAAGCUGUACUGUGUCUGUAAAACGCCCUAUGACGAGGCCAAGUUCUACAUUGGGUGCGACCUGUGCUCCAACUGGUUCCACGGUGCGUGUGUGGGCAUCACGGAGAAGGAGGCCAAGAAGAUGGACGACUACGUCUGUAACGGCUGCAAGCAGGGCCAGGACUCACAGGACUCAGAGGGCACUACGGAGGAGCUGUACUGCAUCUGCCGGACGCCAUAUGAUGAAACACAGUUUUACAUUGGCUGCGACCGUUGCCAGAACUGGUACCACGGGCGCUGUGUGGGCAUUCUGCAGAGUGAGGCCACCCACAUAGACGAGUACGUGUGCCCGCAGUGUCAAUCCACGGAGGACGCCAUGACGGUCCUCACACCGUUAACCGACAAGGACUACGAGGGUUUAAGAAGAAUCCUGUGCUCCUUACAGGCUCACAAAAUGGCGUGGCCGUUCCUUGAACCAGUAGAUCCCAACGAUGCUCCUGAUUAUUAUGGCGUUAUAAAGGAACCGAUGGACCUCUCCACAAUGGAAGACAGAUUACAGAAACGGUAUUACAACAAGCUCACUGAGUUUGUGGCGGACAUGACUAAAGUCUUUGACAACUGCCGCUACUACAACCCCAACGACUCCCCCUUCUUUCAGUGUGCCGAAGUUCUGGAGUCAUUCUUUGUACACAAGCUCAAAGGUUUCAAAGCUAGCAGAUUGUGAUGUCAUAAGUCUGACGUUAUAGCUGGAGUCUGAGCUGGAUGCUGGGGUCUCUAGUAGUGAAUCAUGGAACUUGCUGUUUCAUAAACAGUGGAAAUUCUGUGUGAUUAUUUAAGAUUUAAAGAAAUAAACACACAAACACACACAAGUGUUCUAUCAGUGAAACAAACCAUGCUUAAAAGUACAUUUGCAAGUAUAGAAGCCGAAUUCUAAAGAUGCCUUCCGUGACAAUCACAAAAUGGCAGCCAUGUUGACACUUACAAAUCAAGUUUUCAAGGGAUAUGCUUUUUCUCUAUUAUUUUGGUAAUUUUACCAUUUAACAUCAUAUCAGUUAUCAGCAAGAUGAGUGUCAGGGAAGCUUUUACUUAGAAAUGUGUAAUAAGCUUCACCCAGAAAUGCAUUUUUUUAUUUGUAGUUAGUUAUUCUUGGAGAGGGAGAUAUAAAAACAACAUUUGGGACCACAUGUAAAGCUGUAUAUUUUAUUAUAUAUUUAUCAAAUUAAGUUUCUCUCUUCCUCAUGGCCUUCUUUCAGCUGAUUUAAAUAUCAUGCAUUUGUAAUGAAUGGGCAUGAUUUUAAUAUAGUGCACAGGUUUUGUAGGUAAAUUAUAGCUUAACUACUGGUUGAUUUAUUAUUGGGAUGUUUUAAAUUUAGUGAUUUAAAAAAAAAAAAUAAGAUUGGUAUUGUAUGGUUUUUAAUCCUUUUGUGAAGGAUUAUUUUAUGGUUAAAACAAAGAGAGCCUAUGGUCAGAGGAAUUUAUAUAGACUUAAAAUAAUAAAUAAAAUGUCACGGCUUAACUAUAUUGGACCCCAUGCCUUACUGCAUGAAGGUACCUCAGGAUGUAGACGUGAAGCACCAUUUUCAGUGACUAAGUCAUUCCCGAUGAAUUAGACCAACAUGGCUGCUCUCUCCUUCCUGACCCCAUGGCAUCCAUUUUUUGUAUCACUGUUUUGUUUGUUUUUUGUUCAUGUCAGUAUGUUUAAACUAUUCAUAAACAUUUUUAAAGGUUCUCAACUGUUCCCCUUUUCUACAUUCUAUAGGUCUCAUAACAACAAACGACAGACUUCGACCUCUUAGUAUAUACCACAUAUUUGAACAACAAAAAAAUGCACUCUGCGAGAAUUGGGUUAAAUUCUGAACAAUUAAUCCAUGUUGGGACCUGGCUCCUGUGCUUUGUCCACUCCUUUCCCUCCUUCUGGCCCCACUACGCAGCCCCUAAAGGAAGACUCUCCCUCCUUCUGGCCUCACUACGCAGCCCCUAAAGGAAGAUUCUCCCUGUAAGACCAGCAGCGCUGCUCCCACCGAACUGUCAGGUGGAGCUGCUGCCUGCCCACCUCUGCCACAUGGACAUUUGACAAGGGGUUAAAAUGGAGGGUUUGAAUAAAGGCAUUUCUGAAAAAGGUUACCUUGAAGAAAAUACUUUCUUUGGAGAUCUCAUGUUUCCUUGUUUGUUCUUCUUGAUUUGAUUCUUUGUUACCCCUCUAGCUAGUUGAAGAAAUUAAGAAAAGCGUACACAUUCAUGCCCAUAAAAAAAAACAUUUGAUGCUUGUUUGAACGUUGAAAAAUGUUGAGCUGAGUUGCACUCAGUGUAUCAGAUUGCACAGUGACAGUUAUGUGUCUAUACCCUUUCAAUCACUUUAUUAGAGGUGGGUUGAAAGAUACAUCUCAUUGGGAAGGACUUGCUUGAGUUUGGACCUACUAGCUUUCUGGACACUUAACAGUUUGAGUUUCAGUCAAGCUAUGCUGAAAGGAAUAAAGUAUUUGGUAUUAAUUGCCCAGCAGUAAUGACACUGCUAAGGAUAAAAACUAUGUAUUUGAAGGUAUCCUGCCCUGUUUGUAAAACUUGUCAGAUUUUGAAUUUUUGUUUUUCUAUUACAGCUGAAGAGAUUGAUGUAUAUGAAACAUAAUAAAUGGAGAAGACUGAGCUCUCUUCCACUACUGAAA